AUGGCCGAUUUGUUCAGAAAACCAAAAAGGAAGAUUCAGAAGCGAAAAAUCGAUCAGGAUGAGGAGGAGAUUGAUGAACAAGAAUCCAAUCGCGUCGCCGACAUUCGAGACCUUCAGAGAUCGAGAGAACGCAAAAAUGGGCUCACCGAACUAGAGUGUGCCGUUGGAAUUACGAAAGCCGCUGCUCUAGAAGACGGAAUUCAAAUGACAGGCGGUGGAAUGAUAAUGACGGCGAAAAAGAAGGCGGCGAUGGAAGCAGCCAGCAUUGAGCACGGACUUCGAGACCAGUUUGAGAAGGAGACAAUGUUGAGAGAUGAGCACGAGGAGCUGAGGAAGUAUAUAGACGAUGGGCUCACUCAUUAUACAAAGGACACAUCGACACCGUCUCAGCCUAGAGGGGAAACGCCACAAGCUGCUUCGGCGUCUUCUAGAUUCUCUUCUCUGAACGCCGAUGAUCGUGACGUGGAACUGCUGAAAGAGGCAGCUGGCAAGCUGAAGGCGAAUCAGAGCAAAAAAGAAACCGAAUUGCUGUCGGAGCACAUGUUGGCUGGAAUUCCAGAAGUGGACCUUGGAAUCAGCACGCGUAUUACGAAUAUUCUGGAGACGGAGAAGAAAAAGAGAUUCUUGAUGCAAAAAUCGGCUGCCGAAGCUGCAGGACUACCCGUGCCCGUUGAGGAGACAGAUGAGGGGAAGAAAAAGCAUCAUAGAAGGCGGAACUUUAAUAAUCGUCAUCAUCAUCAAUGA